CUUACACGUUGUUGCCGGUGGGUGACGAAACUGCCUUGCAUUUAAAGUUAUUGUUGGAAAAAACUCAACAAACCUACGACAGCACCAUGAAGUUCUUGACCGCAAAGGAGGUGCGCGACACCUACCUGAACUUCUUCAAGGAGCAAAAGCACAUCUAUGUGCAUUCUUCCAGCACCAUUCCACUGGACGAUCCGACAUUGCUGUUUGCUAACGCUGGCAUGAAUCAAUUCAAGCCCAUAUUCCUGGGCACUGCCGAUCCAAACAGCGAGAUGAGUAAGUGGGUUCGAGUGGCUAAUACCCAAAAGUGCAUACGCGCCGGCGGAAAGCACAACGAUCUAGACGAUGUGGGCAAGGAUGUAUACCAUCACACAUUCUUUGAAAUGUUGGGCAAUUGGUCAUUUGGCGAUUACUUUAAAAAGGAGAUUUGCUCCUGGGCCUGGCAAUUUCUAACCGAACGGCUCAAUCUGCCCAAGGAUCGCUUGUAUGUAACGUACUUUGGCGGCGAUGCAGCCAGUGGCCUAGAGCCGGACUUGGAAUGUAAGCAGCUGUGGCUGGACUUAGGGUUAAAACCGGAGCACAUUCUGCCAGGUAGUAUGAAGGACAACUUUUGGGAGAUGGGUGAGACAGGACCCUGCGGUCCAUGCUCUGAACUACAUUUCGAUCGCAUUGGCGGUCGCAGCGUGCCGGAGUUGGUUAAUCAAGAUGAUCCCGAUGUGCUGGAGAUUUGGAAUCUCGUGUUUAUUCAGUACAAUCGCGAAUCUGAUGGCAGUCUGAAGCAGCUGCCCAAAAAGCAUAUUGAUUGCGGUAUGGGUUUCGAACGUUUGGUUUCCGUUAUUCAGAACAAACGUUCCAACUACGAUACCGAUUUGUUUGUGCCGCUCUUCGAGGCCAUUCAAGCAGGCACUGGAGCACCACCCUAUCAAGGACGUGUUGGUGGCGAUGAUGUCGAUGGCAUUGAUAUGGCCUAUCGUGUUCUGGCAGACCAUGCACGUACCAUAACGAUAGCACUAGCAGAUGGCGGCACUCCGGACAAUACGGGACGUGGCUAUGUGCUGAGGCGCAUCCUCAGACGCGCUGUGCGCUAUGCCACGGAGAAGUUGAAUGCCAAGCCGGGUUUCUUUGCCUCGCUGGUCCAUACAGUAGUCGAUUUGCUGGGCGAUGCCUUCCCCGAGGUGAAAAAGGACCCUCAGCAUAUUAUUGACAUAAUAAAUGAGGAGGAGCAACAGUUUUUGAAGACACUGACGCGCGGGCGCAAUUUACUCAAUCGCACAAUUGAGAAGCUUGGAGCUCAACGCACCAUUCCCGGUGAUGUAGCCUGGCGCCUGUAUGAUACCUAUGGCUUCCCCGUGGACUUAACGCAGCUGAUGGCAGAGGAAAAGUCCCUGGAAAUCGACAUGGCUGGUUAUGAAGUGGCUAAGCAAAAUUCUUAUAUACUCUCGCAAGGCAAGGGAGCCAGCAAAAUUGAAGAAAUCAACUUGGAUGUACACGCUAUAUCAGAGCUGCAAGAACGAGGUGUGCCGCCGACAGAUGAUUCAUUUAAAUACAAGUAUGAGGCGGUGUCAGAUGAGCGGGACUCUGCCUAUAACUAUGGUGGCUGCACUAGCAAAGUUGUGGCUCUACGCUAUGAAAACAAAUUUGUCCAGGAGAUUAGCAAUGGCCAGAAGGCGGGAAUUGUGUUAGAUAAGACCAAUUUCUAUGCUGAGAGCGGUGGACAGAUAUACGAUCAAGGAGCGCUAGUCAAGAUCAACGACGAAGCUAAUGAGUUUUUGGUGGAUUGCGUCUUCAAUCGUGGAGGAUACAUUCUGCACAUUGGUGUUGUUGAGGGCACGUUGCGUGUAGGCGAUGAAUUGGAACUACAUCUGGAUACUCAACGCCGUUGGCUGACCAUGAAAAACCACUCGGCUACACAUGCGCUUAAUCAUUGCCUGCUGCAAGUGCUGGGCAAGGAUACGGAGCAGAAGGGAUCGCUGGUGGUGCCCGAGAAGUUGCGCUUCGAUUUCAAUAGCAAGGGAGCCAUGACCAUUGAACAGGUGGCCAAAACGGAACAGCUUACUCGUGAUAUGGUAUACAAGAAUGUGCCCAUCUACGCAAAGGAGGCGCAACUGGCAUUGGCCAAAAAAAUACGUGGUUUGCGUUCCGUAUUUGAUGAGGUCUACCCGGACCCAGUGCGUGUCAUCUCGUUUGGAGUACCCGUUGAGCAGCUAGAACAGCAGCCCGAAUCAGCAGCUGGCGAGGAAACCUCUGUGGAGUUCUGCGGUGGUACACAUUUGCGUCGUUCAGGACACAUCAUGGAUUUUGUUAUCAGCAGCGAGGAGGCCAUUGCCAAGGGUAUUCGUCGCAUUGUUGCACUGACAGGUCCGGAAGCUUUGAAAGCGUUGAAAAAGUCUGAGUUAUUCGAACAGGAAAUCGUCAAAUUUAAAUCAACCAUUGACGCUGACAAGACCGGCAAGGAGUCCAAGUUAUAUGUGAAGCAAAUUGUUGAGCUAACAGAGCAAAUCUCUCAUGCCACCAUACCGUAUGUGAAGAAGGAUGAGAUGCGAAAUGUGCUUAAGACUUUGAAAAAGACUUUGGAUGAUAAGGAACGUGUCGCUAAAGCAGCUGUGGCUGUGAAUGUGGUGGAAAGCGCCAAGGCUUUAUGCGAUGCGAAUCCUAAGGCCACAGUUUUAGUUCAACAAUUGGAGGCCUAUAACAACACCAAGGCGCUGGACGCUGCGUUGAAGCAGGUGCGAACUCAAUUGCCUGAUGCAGCCGCCAUGUUCUUCUCCGUCGAUGUGGACUCGAAAAAGAUCUUCUGUCUGAGCUCGGUUCCCAAAAGCGCCGUUGAAAAGGGUCUGAAGGCCAAUGAAUGGGUACAGCAUGUUUCGCCAGUGCUGGGCGGCAAAGGUGGCGGCAAACCCGAAUCUGCUCAAGCAUCGGGCAGCAAUUACGAGCGUGUCGAUGAGAUUGUGCAGCUAGCCACCAAGUUUGCGGAAACAAAAUUGGCCUAAACUUACACAUUAAUUGCCCUGAAUUUCGCGUACUCAAACAACAAAAAACUCCUUUAUUAAAUUAUAUUAGCAUGCGGCAUUUAAAAUUGAAUUUUUGCUAAAUACACAUAAACGUUUAUAAAAUAAAAAUAAAAUUUUUGUACCAACUA